AUCUGCCAUGCCGGUAGAAUUCACCACACUAAAUCAUGAAAAAUAUGGCUUUAGCAUAUUAUUUCUCGUACACUCGACCACUGUCGUAAGGGUUCGUUCAAAAGCUCUGUGCGUUAGCUUCACUUUUGCGGUUGAACAAGGCAUCAAUAAAUUAAAAUAGAAAAAAUGUUCGUGUCAACAGUCUCUCGUAUUGCGCCUAUUGCAAGAAAUACAAUCCUCAACGGUACAAAACAAUACUUGCGACCAUUGAGCAGUGCUGUUAUCAGCCAGAGCCAAACACUCGCCGCUCAAAACACAGCACCAGUUGCUUUACUGCCACAAAUCAGGUCAUUCCAGACCUCCCCAGUAACACGUGACAUUGAUUCCGCUGCCAAAUUUAUUGGUGCUGGUGCUGCUACAGUCGGUGUCGCCGGUUCCGGUGCUGGUAUCGGAACAGUAUUCGGUUCCCUUAUUAUCGGUUAUGCCAGAAAUCCAUCAUUGAAACAACAAUUGUUCUCAUACGCUAUCUUGGGUUUUGCCCUCUCUGAAGCUAUGGGUCUGUUCUGUCUUAUGAUGGCCUUCUUGCUUCUCUUCGCUUUCUAGAGUGCUUAUUAUCAAUAAGUUAACGUUAAAAACAACUCCAACAUCUUCAUUGUUUUUAAGUAAAACAUUCAACAAUUGAGAAUAUAGAAGUCAAUAACACUUUUAUUUAAGUUUGAAAUAUGAAUAAAACAUUAAUUAUAAUAAAAUUAAAAAUCAUGUGCAGAUACUACUAUUAUAAAAACAAAAACAAAAAUGGAAAUAAUUAAAUUCUUCGAUAAUUGUUAAGCGAAUUGAAAUUCUACUACGACGGCAAUGCUUUGUUAUGAUAAGAAGGUAUCCAAGUCAUCCUGCAGAAGAAUUGUAGCCUACUAGCCAUACGACACUUUGAAUCGAUUCUUUGUUAAAUGCUUGAAUUGGAUAAUAAAAGUGGCAGUAAAUAACAACUUAAACAUAAACACUAAAUUAUUAUCUAAUUAAAUAGAUACAAAGAAUUUUUAAUUUAAUAAUGUAGUUAAAAAGAAAAAAAAAUAAUUACAAAAAAACUUAAGUAUUUUUAAUGUGAAAUGAUCGACUUUUUGAAUUUGAUACUUUAAAGUUAAACUUUGCGUGCGCUCUCACUUAAGCAGGUUUUCGAACACUCUAACUUUUAACAGUCUCAAAUUAUGAAAAUCGAUCAGUUUUAACACUUUAUGGAACUGAUUUAUAUAAAUUUUAAUUAUGUAAACAAUGAAAAGAAAAUUCGUAUUCAAAUUCGACUUAUUCGUAUUGUUAUUAUUCAGAUCAAAAAUAUGCAAUUGCAGAGAUGGUAAUAAAACAUCGGAAAACAAUGAGAUCCAA